AUGGCAGCGAUCGGCCAUUGGAGCGACCUCCAGUUCCCUCUUUCGUCGGCCCUUUUCUUGGAGGUCCACAAGAUUCUCGACUGGGGAUUCAAGUCGAACAACAACCUCGCGUGCAACUGGGCCAACUUGGCGCUUGAAUUUCACGAAGGAUGGGACGGUACGACGGAGACGGUCACGCUGGCUCCCCACCGACCUAACACGGUGAUCGGGUCUCGUGCACAGAUGACCACAUACUACCGAGUGAAGAAGGAGAUUCACCACAACUGGCUCCGUCUCCACCUCGGCGUCCCCACCAAGGAGAUCAGCCAGGAGGACAUGCAAGUGUACCAGCUUCUCGAGGGUGAAGGUGGCAACGAAGAUGCCGACCAUGACUCUUUCAUCGAAAACAAGUCGCGCAAGAUGCCUAAGCCUCGCAAAGUGGAUGCAGCGGUUGGCGAGAAUGACGAAUGUGCGCCGAGACUCCCGCGUAUUGGCCGCCGUCGCGCAAGUCAGUUCCACCAUUGCAUCACUACUCGACGCUGA